AUGACCGACACCAUGCGCGGCAGCUACCCCAUCACUGGUGAAGAGCAGCCAUUGCCGCCUCUGCUGUCACCACCGCCAUCGCCGUCGCCUCUGCUGCCUCCCACGACCCAAGGCGUUGAGAACAUCGCUGCUGAAGAGAAAUCGUUGCCGCCCACCACCGCAGGCAGCGGUGACAUCACAGCUGACGAAGAGCCACCGUCCCCCACUACCUUGGACGGCGGCGAGAUCAGCUAUUUCGAUGAGCUGCUAGCACCCACCAUCUCUGCUGGCAGCUGCAACUACCUCCUUGAAGAGCCGCCCCUCCCCACCACCUUGAGUGGCGCUGCUAACACCAUUGCAGAUGAGACACUGCUCCCCACCAUUUUGGGGAUCUCUGAUGCAAGUGGUAAUGAAGAGCCGUUGCCUCCCACCGUCAUUGGCAGCGGUGACGCUGAUGCCCCUGUUGACCCACUGCCACCCACCACCCCAGGCAGUGGUAAAAUCCUAGCUGAUUGUGAGCCACCAUCCCCUACUACCUUGGACGGUGGCGAGAUCAGUUAUUUCGAUGAGCUGCUAGCACCCACCAUCUCUGCUGGCAGCUGCAACUACCUUCCAGAAGAGCCGCCGCUUCCGACCACCUUGUGCGGUGCUGCUAACAUCAUUGCAGAUGAGACUCUGCUCCCCACCAUUUUGGCGAUCUGUGAUGCAAGUGGAAAUGAAGAGCCGUUGCCUCCCACUGUCAUUGGCAGCGGUGACGCUGAUGCCCCUGUUGACCCACUGCCACCCACCACCCCAGGCAGUGGUAAAAUCCUAGCUGAUUGUGAGCCACCAUCCCCUACUACCUUGGACGGUGGCGAGAUCAGUUAUUUCGAUGAGCUGCUAGCACCCACCAUCUCUGCUGGCAGCUGCAACUACCUUCCAGAAGAGCCGCCAUCCCCCACCACGUUGUGCGGCACUGCUAACAUCAUUGCAGAUGAGACUCUGCUCCCCACCAUUUUGGCGAUCUGUGAUGCAAGUGGAAAUGAAGAGCCGUUGCCUCCCACCGUCAUUGGCAGCGGUGACGCUGAUGCCCCUGUUGACCCACUGCCACCCACCACCCCAGGCAGUGGUAAAAUCCUAGCUGAUUGUGAGCCACCAUCCCCUACUACCUUGGACGGUGGCGAGAUCAGUUAUUUCGAUGAGCUGCUAGCACCCACCAUCUCUGCUGGCAGCUGCAACUACCUUCCAGGAGAGCCGCCAUCCCCCACCACGUUGUGCGGCACUGCUAACACCGUCGAAGAUGAGACACCUCCCCUCACCGUCUUGGGGAGCUAUGAAACAACUGGUUAUGAAGAGCAGCCGUCCCUCACCAUCUUUGACGGCAGCAAGAUCACCCCUGAAGUAUCUCUGUUGGUGCCUUUAGUCGAUGUUGCACCAUCGCCCCUACAGGGCGUGCUUCUCACUGGCCCUCCCAGAAAGCAGGCCUUCCCUAAACUUUGCACAAAGAAAAAAGCAUCUAAUCCUACUCUUUGUCUUCGUGGGCCGCCUCCUUGUCCUGCCUUUAGGAACAAAAAGUAA